AUGGGACCUUCCUCAACACCAUUGUUGUACCUCUGCCUACUGCUCGUGUCGUGCCUUCUUCUCUUGGAAGAAGCACACACGACACGCCAUCGAGGGAUCUCACUGAGGUCUCAACACAACGCCCUCCUCCACUGGAAAGCGACGCUUGCGAGUCCACCGCUGCAGAUGAGCUCUUGGCAGGAAAACACGAGCCCCUGCAACUGGACGGGCAUCAUGUGCACGGUUGUUCGCCAUGGUCGCAGCAUGCCCUGGGUGGUGACCAACAUCUCCCUGCCAGAUGCUGGCAUCCAUGGCCAGCUUGGUGAGCUCAACUUCUCGGCUCUUCCAUUCCUCACAUAUAUUGACCUCAGCAACAACAGUCUUCAUGGUCAAAUACCAGUUAAUAUCAGCUCUUUGUCAUCACUGUCUUAUCUUGACCUCGGCUUCAACCAUCUCAAAGGACAAAUUCCGUUUGAGUUUGGUAGCCUGCAGAGUCUCACCCAACUUGGUCUCUCAUUUAACAAACUCACAGGACAUAUCCCUGUGUCUCUGUGUAACCUAACAAUGUUAACUGAUCUUAUCAUUCACCAAACCAUGGUAUCAGGUCCCAUUCCUGAAGAGAUUGGAAGGCUUGUCAACCUACAACUUCUACAGCUAAGCAACAACACCUUAGGCGGCAUGAUACCAAAAACCCUUGGAAAUCUGACCCAACUAAAUACUUUGUACGUGUUUCAUAAUCAACUUUCAGGGCCUAUACCCCAAGAACUAGGCAGGCUAGUCCAUUUGCAAAAUCUUCAUCUUGCUGGAAAUGAUUUGUCAGGUCCAAUUCCAGUCUUCAUAACCAAUCUUACAAAGUUGAACCAAUUUUUUCUCUUUGAAAAUCAAAUCACAGGUUCAAUACCCCCAGCAAUAGGCAACCUCACUAUGCUAAACCAACUUGGUCUCUAUAGAAAUCAAAUCACAGGUUCAAUACCGGCAGAAGUAGGCAACCUCACUAUGCUCAAUGAACUUCUUCUCUAUACAAAUCAAAUCACAGGCACAAUACCUUCAGAAUUGGGCUACUUGCUGAAUCUCCAGAAGUUAGACUUGGCUGACAACCAAAUAUCUGGCUCUAUUCCUGACAGCUUAGGAAAUAUUACCAAGCUAUUACUACUACACCUCUUUGAAAAUAAGAUAUCUGGCUUGUUUCAGAACCAAAUAUCGGGAUCAAUACCAAAAACUUUUGGUAAGUUGCAAAGCAUCCAAGAACUGCAGAUCUAUGAUAAUAAAUUAUCAGGUUCUCUUCCUCAAGUAUUUGGAGGUCUCACAAACCUUGUUGAACUUUGGUUGUCUAGCAACUCACUUUCAGGACCUUUACCCGCAGAUAUAUGUUCAGGUGGCAAUCUUAGAAUUCUCAGUGUCGCAUCUAAUAUGUUCAAUGGCCCCAUUCCAUUGAGUUUAAAGACAUGUAAGAGUUUGGUUAAAAUUAACCUUGAGUCGAACCAGCUAACAGGAGAAAUAUCACAAUAUUUUGAAAUAGAAAAGCUAGGAAAGUUAGGAUACCUUGAUAUAUCUGGAAACAGACUAAGUGGAUUAAUACCUCAGGAAUUAGGGACUUGCAUGAGACUACAGUCCUUGAAGAUCAACAACAACAACUUCAGUGGGACUUUGCCAGGUACGAUUGGAAAUUUAGCAGACCUGCAAAUCAUGUUAGAUGUGAGCAACAAUAACCUCAGUGGUGUGUUGCCGCAACAACUUGGGAGGUUGGGGAUGCUAGAAUCUCUGAAUUUAUCACAUAAUCAGUUUAGUGGAAGCAUUCCAUCCUCCUUUGCAAGCAUGACGAGCCUUUCAACACUCGAUGUCUCCUACAACGACUUGGAAGGACCAGUCCCAGUAGCACGGCUACUCCAAAAUGCUUCAUCAAGUUGGUUUCUACCCAAUAAAGUCAGUCACCAUAAGCAAAAGAUACUUGGUUUACUUUUGCCAAUUGUUAUUGUGAUGGGUUUCGUCAUUGUUGCUACAAUUGUUGUCAUAAUAAUGCUUACUCGUAAGAAGAGAAAACCACAAGAAGGUGCCACUGCAGAAGCAAGGGACCUAUUCUCUGUUUGGAAUUUUGAUGGAAGAUUGGCAUUUGACGAUAUUCUAAGGGCGACGGAAGACUUUGACGAUAAGUACAUCAUCGGAACAGGAGGGUACGGCAAAGUCUAUAAGGCACAACUCCAAGACGGGCUGCUAGUUGCUGUGAAGAAGCUUCACCAGACCGAAGAAGAGUUGGGUGACGAGAGAAGAUUUCUCAGUGAAAUGGAAAUAUUAUCACAGAUCCGACAAAGAAGCAUUGUGAAAAUGUAUGGAUUCUGCUCCCAUCCAGCAUAUAAAUUUCUUGUCUACGAUUACAUUCAGCAGGGCAGCCUCUACAGGAUACUGGAAAAUGAGGAGCUAGCGAAGGAAUUGGAUUGGCAGAAGAGAAUUUCUCUUACAAAUGAUGUGGCUCAAGCAAUAUCUUAUUUGCACCAUGAAUGCAGUCCACCUAUAAUCCAUCGAGAUAUCACAAGCAACAACAUCUUACUUGAUACAACCUUCAAGGCUUUUGUCUCAGAUUUUGGCACAGCAAGGAUUCUUAAGCCUGAUACAUCAAACUGGAGUGCACUAGCAGGAACGUACGGCUACAUAGCUCCUGAACUGUCGUACACAUCUGUUGUGACAGAGAAAUGUGAUGUCUAUAGCUUUGGCGUUGUUGUGCUAGAGCUACUGGUGGGGAAGCAUCCGAGGAAUCUAUUAGACGGUACCUUGUUAAAUGGAGAACAAACUACACUGGUGCAAGAUAUUCUGGACCAACGGGUGACAACACCAACAACAACAGAAGAGAACAGCUUAUGUCUCCUCAUUAAGCUGGCCUUUUCUUGCUUGGAAUCUUCUCCACAAGCAAGGCCAACCAUGAGGGAGGCAUACCAAACGCUCAUCCAGCGACCUCCUUCUAGUUCAUGUCCCAUGCCUUUCAGCACACUUACAUUACAGCAAGCAAGGGAUGCAUAUUAA